AUGUGCAUUACCACUGAAUCUUCGAAGCAGGCUAAUAGUGACUUAACAGUGGCAAUGGAUCUGAAUAUCAACACAACGGAUCACUUAUUGCCAUGGGAAGUUUUCUGUGCAAACAUCAGAAUUCCGAUUUUACCAUCAUCUAAUGCGCAGAGAAUGGCUGUGCGUAUAGUUAAAGAAUGCAGUGCUCAUCUUCUUGCCGGUGUCAUUGUGGCAAGAUCACUAAGGAAUGCAAAAUAUGUUUCACAAUGGGAACAUGCUCUGGUCAAAUUGAGUUCGCUUCAUCCUUCCUAUGACAUUGGCAUAUUUCGAGGCCAGAGCAGCGUGUUACAUAAAGCAUUCAUAAACUUCAUCUGGCAUGAUUUAUGUAAGACGCAGAAAUAUUGUCUUACAUCAUGUUUAUUCAUUUCUAAAUUUGGGAAGCCAGAAAAUAAGUUGAUAAAUUAUUGGAUUUCUUCUCGAUUAGUGGGUGCUGAAGAAGGAAAGCAUAAUCUAAUAGAGCUUGUGGAGCAUUUUGCCUUAUUUCAAUCAGAGGACACAAAGCCAAGGCACAUUCAAAUUCCACAAGACAUAUAUGAUAUCUUACAAUUACUAGACACUCAGAAUCCUUUGUUCAUGAAAAAAUCUGAGUUAGGGUUGGUUGAACCACCAAAAAGUGAGCCAUGGCAUAGUGCUAUAUAUAUUGACUUGGCGGACAAUAAGUUGUCUGAGUUACCUUUUUCCCCGACUUGCCAUGAACUCAAAGUGUUAAAGUUACACAACAAUGCUGAUUUGACAAAAAUCCCCCCUCAUUUCUUCUUUAAAAUGCCUCUGCUUUGCAUCUUGGAUUUGUCCUACACUAGCAUUAGAGAAUUACCGAAAUCCUUUUUUGAGUUGGAGCAACUUAGGGAACUCCAUAUGAAAUCUUGCGAAUGCUUCAUGAAACUAUCCUCAGAGGUUGGGAAAUUGAAGAAUCUAGAGAAGAUUGAUCUUGACAAGACUCAGAUUAUAUAUUUGCCAAAAGAGAUCCAGGAAUUGACCAGUCUCCAAAGUUUGACUCUUUGUUUGUAUGAGUAUCGUGGCAAGAAAAGUAAAGAAUAUAUGAGCUCAACAAUUAUUCCUUCUGGGGUGAUUUCAAAGCUUAGAGGCCUAAAACAUUUAAGCAUUGAUGUAAACCCCGAUGAUGAAAGAUGGGAAGAGAAUUUACAAGUCAUUCUACCAGAACUCUUGGCACACUACCCACAGCUGAAGAAAACUUUAAACAAAGCAAGUGCAGCAUAA